AUGAGACGCAACAGUGUAAACAUAAAUGAACUCAUCAAUCGUUUCGAGACUGAUGAUGACAUCAUAGCGUCUGAGAAUGCAAAAUAUGUGAGAGUCACUCGACCAAAAGGAAAACUUCAUGCAAUGUACGACGAAGACGCUUACACCGCCGAUGAAAAUAGAUUGAUGAGAUACAAUGAGAAUUUUAAGUUCUUCAAUUUAAACAACAAACGAAAUAAUGUAACGAUGACAAAUGCAAAGGAGAUGACAAAGCAAUCAAUUGCUUUGUUGCUUAAUCGCAUAAGCGGAUUUCUUGAAAUGGUCUCAAAGUUUCCUUUCCCAAGGAUGAGCGUGAUGAGCUUCGGUUUGACUUCACUUUUAGCAAUUUUCAUUUGUCCAAGAGGCUUCACCGAACGGGCACUUUACCCAGGAUUUAGAUUAAUUUUCACAACCAUUUAUCCUGCUUAUCGCUCAUUCAAGGCUGUUCGAAAUAAAAACCUUAAAGAAUAUCUUAAAUGGAUAAUCUUUUGGAUUGUUUACGCAUUUUUCACUUGUAUAGAGCUUUUAACUGACGCUGUCAUGAGUUGGUUUCCAUGUUAUUACGAGAUUAAAGUGAUUAUCUUAAUCUGGUUACUUGGCCCUUCAUCUCGCGGCGCUAUUAAACUCUAUAAAAUGUGCAUUCAUCCAAUGUUGCUUUCUCGUGAACAGGAAAUUGAUGAAAUUAUUCAAACAGCUCAAGAACGAGGUUACAUGCAUGUGUUUCGUCUAGGAUCGAAGAGCGUUAAUUACGCUAAUAAAAUCAUCAUGCAAGAAGGAAAACCACCUGGCAACAGCUUUAUUUCUUCCCAUCAAUUAAUGAAGAAUGUAAGCUUAAGUAAUUUAUCUGAUGUCGACACAAUCUCUUUUAAUGGUGAUGUUGACGAUACUUUACGACUAAGACGACUUUCGAAGGAUAAGAUUCCAAUUUACGGCAAUCAAUUUAAUUACUCGAAUGAACAUUUAGAACAACGAAGAUCAUCAAUGGAUUUUAGAUGCGAUGAUAUCAGUUCGGGUUAUUCAAGUCCAAGCUCGCCUCAAUUCUUUCGACAUCCAUCGAUGAGAUCACAAACAUUUAUUGAGGAGCGCGGAGGUGAUAAAGAAACGUUUUACCGUGAUUUAUAUCAGAAUCAAGAAACAUUAUCAAUGAAAUCUGAUAUUGAACAUUUUAAUGGAGUGCAACGUGAUGUAUCGAGACAAAAAGCUGCGAUAAGUGAACUCUCUGACGACGAGAUUAUUGCUGCAUACAAUAAGCUUAAAGUGAAGCAAAAUUCAAGAUUAGACGAGGUGAGAGAAAUGAAAAGUGAAGAAUCAUCUGAAGAGAUGCAUAAAGAAUUCUUAAAGUGGAUUGAAAUGAAGCAGAAUGCAAAAGUAGACCAGAUCAAUUCAUCACUUUCUAAGAAGAGUUUGGAAAAUAAGAAGGUAAACAAUAUUGAUGAAACUGAAGUUCCGAAGGAAGUUGUUAAUGUUGUAACAAGCGAGUUGGAAGUCAAUGAUGAAAAAAUUGAUGCUAAAGACGAUGCAGUUGAUUUUGAAGAAUUUCAAGAUGUAAUUUCAGAUAGCGGGGACGAUGAAUAUUUAAAAGUUCCUUUAGUGAUUCUCGAAGAUAGAGAAGAAGACGAGAUAUUGAAAAUGGAUGAUGAAGUGAAAGAAAAUGAAGUGAAAGUUGAAGAAACUCAUGAACAUUUCAUGACUCCAUUGAUGAUUAAUUCAAACAUUGAAAUUACCGAUAAAAUUGAAUCAACUGAGAAUUUUAUUGAAGCUAAACUAACAUUAAGCAAUGCACCGAUAGAGAUUGUCACGAGUUUGUCAUCGUCAACAUUCUCAUUGACUUCUGAUAAAUCGAUCGAUGAAUUUGACAACAAGAAGCAACGACCAGCGAAACAUUCAAAAGGUCGUGCACCUUUACCACCAAUAAAUGCGCAUCCCGGUCAAUUUUACGAUGAAAAGAAUAAAAAAUAUUUUAAGGAAACGGAACUGUGAAUGAUUUCAUGCUGUGUGUCUUUAAGCAUCAUUUGAAAUGAAGCUACAAAAUAUUGUGAAGCAUUGAAAUAUUCAUCCCUAGAGUGAAAUGAACCAACUGACAACUGAACUACCAUCCCGGAAACCAUGACAAUCAUCUCUUAUUCGGUUUGUUCAACUUUACGAUGGACCGAAAAUUUCUAAUUUCUUUUUUUCUUCUUCUAUUGCUGGUUGUUGUGAGUGAAAGACAUUUUUAUAUGGAAUUUUAGUUUAUAUGCUCCGAAACACCCACAAUAAUAAUCAUUUUAGUAUUAUUAAAUAAAUUUGAAGCACAUCUGUCAAGAUUUGAGAGAAAAUAUUAAAUAACAUAAAUUGCAUUUUAUGUAUUGAGAAUUAUUAAAUUAUUUGUGAAAUAAAUUUGAGAAUCUUUUCAUCA